CGAUGCCGAUGGAAUCGCAACCGCCGCAAGACCAAGGACCUUACAACUACGCAAACUCAGGCGCACCUCCAGGGGCCACUGGGCACUAUGAUCCGAACCUGGGCUAUGCGCCGCCGCCAGGGCCGCCGCCACAGUAUGCUGGUGGGGAUGGCGUUACACAGCCAGCACAUACAUAUCAGCCGCCGGAGAAUAAGUGAAGGAUGGUGAAGCAUGAGAGGGGUGGAAAUAUGUGAUGCCGACUGUAUGAAUCAGUAUGAUACCUGAGAGAGGAAUAGGUGAUUAGUAAUAGAUACCGCAAUAAGUAAUGUAUUGUUUACAUGGAGUUAGAAUGGGUCUCUCGAGCAGGAUGGGGUUGGAUUUCUUUUCCCCCAUACAUUAUUGCCGUGUCUGGAUCGUAUAUCAUUGCAUCAAGACGGGAAACUCUGCGAGUCUAGACGC